GUACAUAAAAUCUGUCAUUUGUGUAAAUUGUGUUUGAAUGGUAAAUAAGAGUAGGGGAAAUAGUGUGCAUAUUUAUACUUAAAAUUUUAUAUAUAAAUUUCUUUAUAUAUUUAUAUAAGAAUGGUUGUAUUUACGUGCAAUCAUUGCGGUGAAAGUUUACGUAAGCAAGGAAUUGAAAAACACUACAGCUUUGUAUGUCGAAAUGUAAAAUCAGUAACAUGUGUGGACUGCUUUAAAGAUUUUAGAGAAGAAGAAUAUGUUGCUCACACUAAAUGUUUAACAGAAGAAGAGCGAUAUGCUGCCAAGGGCUCUUUACCCAAUGGAGUAGUAAAAAAAGGUGAAUUGAAACAAGAAUCAUGGGUAGAUAUGGUAAAAUCAAUUCUCAAAGACGAUAAAUUAACUGCGCCCCAAAGAAGUUUGCUGAGCACUAUUUCUUCCUACAAUAACAUUCCUCGAAAAAAGCCGAAAUUUUUGAAUUUUAUUAGGAGUUCAUCUGGGGGUAGAGUGAAUAUGAAAGUAGUUGAAGAUGUAUGGAAUAUUAUAGAAAGCUACAAAAUCAAUAAAGGGAAACAGCAACAAGAUUCUAAGAAAAGAAAAAAUUUUGAAAAUACUCUUAACAAUGAUACUAACACCCAUUCACAAAAAAAGAAAAAGAAAUUAGAAGAACCCAAUGGAUUGAAUCAUUCAAAUAAUAUAAACGACACUGAUGUACAUCAGUCAAAAAAGAAAAUAAGGAAAAACAAUGAUCAACAACAGGAGAUUAAUUUAGAGGAGACCCAAAAAGGGGAAGUUAAUAAAGAAGCCAAUGGAAUAGAUGAUAAUUCAAAUAACAUACUUGACAUUAGUAAUACUGAAGUGCAUCACUCUAAAAAGAAAAAGAAGAAAAACAAACAUCAAGACCAGGAAAUUGAUUCGGUUGAGUACCAAAAAGGAGAAGUUGAUAUAAAAGAAGAAAUAGAAAACAAUGAUAUGGAUAAUUCAAGUAAAGUAACUGAGCUGGAUCAAUCAAAAAAGACAAAAAACAAACAUAAACAUGAGGAAAUUGAUUCAAUGGAGUCACAAGUAGAAAAAAAUGAUACUCUAGCAGAAACAUCUACAGAGGAUUUGAAACCAACCGGAAAGUUUGAUUUUCAAGCUCAAAUAAUUCGAAUUUUAGAAAAGAAAACACUGAUUUCACUAAAUAAACUUCAAAAAAAGGUAAUUAAUGCACAUCUAAAAUAUUCGGGUGAAGUUGAAACUAAUCCAAAAAUUAUAAAACGAUUUAAUAAGAGUCUGAAAAAAAUUUCUAAUAUUGAAAUUGUAGAUAACUGUGUUUCAUUUAAAACAAACUGACAAUAAUUUGUGUAGAUCGAAAGUGAAAUUUUUAGAACUAGUUAUUAGUGUAAUUAAAUUUGGAAUAAAAUAAACAUUAUUGACAA